AAAACAAAACAGUUUGUUAAACUCAGUACUUUAAGUUCACGACAGUGCGCACAAACUGUAAUAAAAUAAAGAACGCGGCAAGCAUUGGACAGUCGUCUUUGUUGUUUAAGUCAAAGAUUAUUUUGUGAUUGAUUGAUUUACGAUGUCCUACACUGAAAUCCAACUCGAGACAGGAGAAUUAGAGGAAGUAUGGAGGGAAAGAGCGUUAUCCCUGUUGAAGGAGGAGCCAGACAAAGUUCAAGGAUUGAUCCUGCAGCUGCGAGAACUGGGAGAAAAAGAAAACCCAAACCUUAAACUUCCAACUGAAAAUGGGUUUUAUCUGAAGUUUCUGCGCGGGGGAUUGAUGGAUCCAGAGACAUCUAUGGAGAUAAUUCGGAACUACUACAAACUAAAAAUGAACAACCCACAGUAUUUCAAGUCUUGUUCAAGUAUUGAAGAGCUGGCUAAAUCUACUUACCCGUCACAGAUACAAGCAAUGCUACCUUUUAGGGAUGGGCAUGGAAGAAGAAUUUACGUGUUUCGACCUGGGAAAUGGAAUCCAGAUAAGAUUCCUUUCAAUGAUAUCUUCUGUGCUUCAUACAUGCUCUGCGAAAUGAUUGCAAGAGAAGAGCGAACCCAGAUAGCAGGGAUUACUGCCAUAGUAGAUGCCCAAGGAUUUGGUUUCAAACAGAUGCGAGCAAUAGGAUUGGAAAAUGGAAAGAACAUGGCUUCAUUCUUUAACAUUGCCUUCCCAGUCUGGCUCAGGCAGUCCCAUGUUCUAAACGCCCCAAGAGUGUUCCAUAUGCUGUUUAAUAUGAUGCAUCCGUUUCUAAACGACACAGUAAAAGAAGAAGUCGUCUUCCAUUCAGGAGAUAUUACUUCUACGUUGAAAGAAUAUUUCAGAUUGGACCUGCUACCCAAGGACCUAGGGGGAACUGGAAGUAUUGUUGACAACUCAAAUAAUGUAGAACAACUCAGAUCUAUGAAAGAGUAUAUGAGCAACUUAGGAAACUUUGGUUAUGAAAAAUAAUGAAUCAUCCACAAUACUAUUAUCCAACUAUUAUCUAUCUAUCUGCAAUGUCCCAAUGUAAUAAAAUAAAUAUUAAAGGCAAA